GCUGAGUGACUGAGGCCACGAACAAGAUGCCGGUGGCCGUGGGCCCCUAUGGACAGUCACAGCCAAGCUGCUUCGACCGCGUGAAGAUGGGCUUUGUGAUGGGUUGUGCCGUGGGCAUGGCAGCCGGGGCGCUCUUCGGCACCUUUUCCUGUCUCAGGAUCAGAAUGCGGGGUCGGGAGCUGAUGGGCGGCAUCGGGAAAACCAUGAUGCAGAGUGGCGGCACCUUUGGCACAUUCAUGGCCAUUGGGAUGGGCAUCCGGUGCUAAUCAGGGCAGUGGUUGCCCACAACAUCCACCCCCUCCCAUCAUUCCCAGCCCAUGUACUAUAAUAAAACAAGUCUGAGUA